AUGUAUAUCAUCCCGGAGCAGCGGCGCGGACAAAGGAACGGGGCCGGUUGGGCGGGGCGCUCCGCCCCCGUUCUUGGCUCCGGGUAUCAACAAUGGGCGAAGCCAGGUACACAACAAUCUGUAUGCUACCAAGAGAAUACUGAUCGGCCUUCUGGCCACCACAGAUUGUAUCCGUGCCUCGCCGUCGCGUGGGGCGUCGCUAAACAAAAACACGUACACAAGCGGCGGGAGACGCGAUUGGCUGGCCGCGGACGGCCCCCGGGCGAGGGGCGCACGGCGCGCUCUACGCCGCACUGUGCGCCGCGACCUCCGCCCGGCAACAUGUGCAGCGGAGCAGAGGGCUCUUGGUCCCUGCCGAAAGAGACGCCGUCCGUCACCGCCGCCGCGCUCGACCACUACCGUCUGCAGCUCUACAACUACGCCGUAGCCGAGCGCCUGCGACUCUACCCGCCGGCGCCAUGCUACGCGCCCUACGCUCCCCGCCUCGCGCUCUCCAUGUCACUGCUGCAGCAGCGCGCGCUCCAACCGGAAGAGCCGAAGCCGCAACACAGCUACAUCGGGCUGAUAGCGAUGGCGAUUCUAAGUUCACCAGAGCGGAAACUCGUGCUGUCCGACAUCUAUCAGCACAUACUGGACAACUACCCGUACUUCCGCACCAGAGGCCCCGGCUGGCGCAACUCAAUCAGGCACAAUUUGUCCCUCAACGACUGUUUCGUGAAGGCCGGACGUUCGGCUAACGGGAAGGGCCACUACUGGGCCAUCCAUCCGGCGAAUGUGGAGGACUUCCGCAAGGGCGACUUCAGACGGCGCAAAGCGCAGAGAAAAGUGAGAAAGCACAUGGGGCUGGCUGUUGAUGACGACGGUGAGGAUUCUCCGUCUCCGCCGCCGCAGUCACCGCCACCGACGGCUAUACCGAUUCCGUUUUGGGGUGCCGGAAGGCUGCCGGGUGGUGGGCAAGCCCGGAAACGGCAGUUCGAUGUCGCGUCGCUCUUAGCGCCAGAUGACGCGCCGGAGAAGCGGCGACGGGACAGCAGCGGCGAGGAGGAACCGGAAGAGGACAUCGACGUGGUGGCCAGCGAUCAAGAGGAGAGGGUUGAAGAGGAGAGCCGCUCACUACUCGCACCGGCAGCGCAUUACCCGCUGCUGGGAGGUUGGUGGCCAGCUUUGGACCCAGCGCUCUUGCACCAGCUCCGUCGCCACGCUGUUCCACAUGCUCAGACCAUCACCACUUCGCCCCAAGGUUCCAUUAGUCCGGUCGACCAGCAACGUCCCCCCGACACU